UUACAGUCUGUUAAAAUGAUGUAAAAAUGUCACCGGUCGGGUACUAUGUCCGAUUUUUUUUUUUUCUUGUGUUUCAUAGGAUUAAAACGUUGACGGAUGUUUCGUGGAGACAAACAAGGGACCAUGUAGAUUUUGUGGGAGAAUGAGCUCAGCGGCGUUUUGUGCGACGUGUACUCGCAGCAUAAUGCUAACACUCGAAGCUAACGGACUCCACCGACACAAACAUGGAUUCAAAACUUUAAAUUUGACCUUCUUUAAAAGUUACUUUAGUAUGUUACUGCGACAGAUCAGCAUGAAGAACGCUGUGUUCAUAGUUACAAAUGAUUUCUAAAAUACAAUUCAUUAUUUUGUUUUAGAGUCUGUUUAUACUUUUUACAUUUUUUAUAAUUAAAAUAAAAAUGAUGUAUUCGUCCAGAAGAAAACCGGUUCUUUACAUUAAAGAGGACAAAAGGUUCUUGUCAGGAAGAUGCACCAUCUACAAACUGUUCGGUCUCUGUCUGGUGCUCGUGCUCGUCUCUCUUCUCUGGCUUCAGUUCAGCUGCUCUGGGGAUUUGUCCAGUUCCCAGCGCGACAGCGGGCGAAUGUACCACCAGCAGCAGCAGCCUCCAUGCCCGGCUGAGAAUGUGGCGUCCGCGGUGGACGACCUCACUUGGGGUCCUCACAAACUAGCCCUCAUCAUCCCCUUCAGGGAGCGCUUUGAGGAGCUGCUGGUGUUCGUUCCCUUCAUGCACACGUACCUCAACAAGAAGAAGAUUCGCCACAAAAUCAUCAUCGUCAACCAAGUGGAUCACUACAGAUUUAAUAGAGCGUCGCUGAUAAACGUGGGCUACCUGGAGAGCGGUAACGACACGGACUACUUGGCCAUGCACGACGUUGACCUACUGCCUCUAAAUGAAGCUCUGGAUUACGGCUUCCCGGAGGACGGUCCUUUCCAUGUAGCCUCGCCUGAGCUGCACCCGCUGUACCACUAUAAGACCUACGUGGGAGGCAUCCUGCUGCUCACCAAAAAACAUUAUCACAUGUGUAACGGAAUGUCGAAUCGGUUCUGGGGUUGGGGUAGAGAGGACGAUGAGUUCUACAGACGCCUGAGAAAAGCUGAUUUACAGCUGUUCAGGCCGAGUGGAAUCACGACGGGUUAUAAAACCUUCCUGCACAUCCAUGACCCAGCUUGGAGGAAGCGAGACCAGAAGCGGGUUGCAGCACAGAAACAGGAGCAGUUCAAAGUGGAUCCGGACGGGGGUCUGACCAACCUUCGUUAUCAGGUGGAGUCCAGGCAGGAGCUGACUAUCAGCAGCGCUCCCUGCUCUGUCAUCAACACCAAACUAGAGUGUGACCUCAAUGAGACGCCGUGGUGCCUUCUUGCCUAGACCGAGCUGGACUGUUCGGUUCCCAGUGGAGCUGCAACCAUUUCCUCAGUGUUCAUCAGGUGCUGUAGAGCUUUUUUGCCAUUUGGUUUGUAUCCAGACAUGACUGAGGUUGGUUCACAAAUAGAACAAAACCCAGCACCAGACUGAUCAGAAUCUCAUCUGGCAGCUGCAGCAGAGACUCGAUCAUAAACUGACCUGUGGUCGACGAAUCAGUUUUUUCCUCUUUUCUUUAUCCUGAAUGUAACAGAGACUGAAACCUGUUGAGAUAAACGUGAUGGUACGUCAUCAAACUUCACAGACUUUUCCUUCAGUGACAGCCACAGGUAUGAGAGAACAGUUAAAACUUGGUUUCACAAACAAGUUCGGCUCUUCCAGCCGGUGGGAGCCUCCAAGUUACGGUUAUUUAUGUCUGAACUAAUCCAUGUUGAUUUUAUACUAAACUGACCUGAGAUGAGUUUUCUUCAGCAGAACACAUGGAAACAGACUGUUACGCUGCCAAACAAAAAUAAACAGACAAGUAAAAUCGACCCGGCUGGUUAAAGGGCGUUUUUGUUUUUUUCUGGUACCUGCUGGAGUUAAUACUGUUUUUAAUAUAUAUAUAUAUAUAUAAUUAUUUUGUAUUCUGGGUUUGUGCAAAAUGAGCAAAGACAGUUCUUCAUCAUUCAGCAAUUUUGAUUGUGAAAGGUCUCAAUUUAUAAUUUUAUUAAUACACAGACUGAAAGUCAGACAUUGUUGCUUCAAGAUUAGUGUGUUUUCAAGAGAAUAAAUCAAAGGUUUUGUUUGUUGGUUGGUUUGGUUCGGUUUUUUUUAACUGUAUUUUCUGGAGUACAUGUUUCACGGGGGAUUUUUUUUUUAUACCGUAUUUUCCCGACUACAAGUCACACGGCCUCCAAACUACUUAAAAAAAAAAACAAAAAAAAAACAAACAAAAAAAACCUGCCACUUAUACUCCAAAAAAUACAGUUUAAAAAAAUUGUGACAAUUUCUCUGGAAAAUAUGGCAAAAAACCCCACUGAACCACAAUCUCAUGUCUUCUUUUAUUUUCCUGCUGACCAUGUUAAAAGUAAAAGAUUUUUAUAUAAAGUUUUAUUUUUACGGUC